GAGCCGGAACGCGGCCGGCGCCAGCGCCACCGUCCGGUCCGCGCAUCCUCCCGCCGGCACAGCCGCGCGGCCACUGAGCGUCCCCUGAAAGGCGCUCGGAGCAUCCGGAAUGGGGCUUCGGGCGCUGGGCGCGCUCCGAACCCGACACGCGUGAGAGUCGAAGAGUGCCGGGAGCCUCCCCGCUGUCCGGAGCCCCCAUCGCCUAGCACCGGGAGAUGAUGGCAAUGCAGCCACCUGGUCCCCAAGGAGCCACCAUACCCGGGACCCCCGGGCAUGGUGCUCACCCAAGCCAGCUGCCCCCGGAGGAGAUGAUAUCCCUUACGCCCAGUCCACACGGUGGGGACAGCGCCACGCGAGCCCUCUAGGCAAUCGCAGAGCCACGCAGCAGCUCCGCCGCAGGUGCCACCUCGGAAACCAUGACCCCCGGCGCGGGCCCAUGGAGCUAUGGCCUAUAGGGUCCUGGGCCGCGCGGGGCCACCUCAGCCGCGGAGAGCGCGCAGGCUGCUCUUCGCCUUCACACUGUCCUUGUCCUGCACUUACCUGUGUUACAGCUUCCUGUGCUGCUGCGACGGUCUGGGCCAGAGCCGCCUGCUCGGCGCGCCGCGCUGCCUCCGCGGCCCCAGCGCAAGCGGCCAGAAACUUCUGGCGAAGUCCCGCCCGUGUGAUCCCCCGGGGCCGACGCCCAGUGAGCCCAGCGCUCCCAGCGCGCCCGCCGCUGCCGCGCCAGCACCGCGCCUCUCCGGAUCCAACCACUCUGGCUCCCCGAAGCCAGGCACCAAACGGCUACCCCAAGCCCUCAUUGUGGGCGUCAAGAAAGGUGGUACCCGAGCAGUGCUGGAGUUUAUCCGAGUGCACCCGGACGUUCGAGCCCUGGGUACCGAGCCCCACUUCUUCGACAGGAACUACGGCCGAGGGCUGGACUGGUACAGGAGCCUGAUGCCGAGGACCUUGGAGACCCAGAUCACACUGGAGAAGACGCCUAGCUACUUCGUCACUCAAGAAGCCCCUCGGAGGAUCUUCAACAUGUCUCGAGACACCAAGCUGAUAGUGGUGGUGCGGAACCCGGUGACCCGAGCCAUCUCUGACUACACGCAGACACUUUCCAAGAAGCCGGACAUCCCCACCUUCGAGGGCUUGUCCUUCCGCAACCGCAGCCUGGGCCUGGUGGAUGUGUCUUGGAACGCCAUCCGCAUCGGCAUGUACGCACUGCACCUGGAGAGCUGGCUACGGUACUUCCCGCUGGCCCAGAUCCACUUCGUCAGUGGUGAGCGGCUCAUCACCGACCCAGCUGGUGAGAUGGGGCGCAUUCAGGACUUCCUCGGCAUCAAGAGAUUCAUCACAGACAAGCACUUCUACUUCAACAAGACCAAAGGAUUCCCUUGCUUGAAAAAACCAGAGUCAACCCUCCUGCCUCGAUGCCUGGGCAAAUCAAAAGGGAGAACUCAUGUACAGAUCGACCCUGAAGUUAUAGACCAGCUCCGGGAAUUUUAUAGACCUUAUAAUAUUAAAUUUUAUGAAACUGUUGGGCAGGACUUCCGGUGGGAGUGAGUCUCCAGGGUACAAGGGCUCUAUUGUUGUCUCUUCCACGAGGUUUGCUCCCAGAAAAUCUGAUCCCCAUCUCCAGCCCCUCUUCCCAUCUUGAACCCCAUGAUAGAUCAUCUCGGAACCAGAAAACUGAGUAAAGACCCAGAGACUGGUGAUUCCUGUUUAAUCCAGGAUAAUUCUGCCUGCUUCUGGCAUACCCAUCCAGUUCUAGAAUCUGCCCCCAUCCACCCAUGAGUGGUCUUGGGGAAUUCCUGUAAGAAGAGUGGAUCUCCCAGUUGGGGGAUAUUCUGAGUGGAGAUGGUUCUGUUGUGUGAAAACAGCAGUCCAUCCCAACACUGUACACUCAGUGGUGGGCUUCUUAAUUCCAAGUGGCAUGUACCUUCCCUCCGAGCUUAAUUUUCCCCAGCAGCCCUGAGCGGUGGGGUGGGGGAAUGCCUUCCGCCCUCCUCAGAACACAGCAGCUCACUAACAGUGUGCAGAGCCCCAAAACCCUCUCUGGCCACUCCAGGAGAUGGACUCUGGGAUGAUGAAAUAAGCCAGUGACUUCAAAGCCUGUGGUGUCCACUGUGCUCGGAGGACGAUGUCUUUGAAAAGCACUCUGUGACUCUCCCCACUCCCUGUGGACAAAAAGCACAUAAUUCUGCUGUUACGGGUACUUUCUUCACGCGAGCUUUCAUGUUCGGCAUGCACGGGAUCAUGCUUGUCCAUGUGAAAUAAAUAUGGCUCUCUCGUGUCCUUCA